UGGGGGGGAUUCUGCCAGGGACAAAUCCGCCGGCUGCCGGGAGUGACAGGGAGGGAGCAGCUGCAUUUGUACUGAGAGCCCAGAGCAGGAGGAUCCCCGGCACCGGAUUCCCAGCACAAUAGCCCCUAUUGCCCCUCCUCUGAGGGCAAAUCCUGUCUGUGCCCACCCAUGUAAGAAGCAGCCCUGCAGGGAGAGGUGGUGCCCAUCCUGCCCGGGUAUCAGCAACAAGCAACUGCACACAGCCAAGUACCAUCUCUUGGCACAGAGCAACAGGUGAUCCCCCCGGUGCCAACCUCCCUCCUGCCCCCGCGCAGAGCAACAACCAAUAGAAUUCUCUGCCCGUCCUACCUGGGUACCAGCCUUCUGCCCCAGUACGGAGGAAUAACCAGAGGCAGACUCUGCCCAUCCUACCUGGGUACCAGCCUUCUGCCCCAGUACGGAGGAAUAACCAGAGGCAGACUCUGCCCAUCCUACCUGGGUACCAGCCUUCUGCCCCAGUACGGAGGAAUAACCAGAGGCAGACUCUGCCCAUCCUACCUGGGUACCAGCCUUCUGCCCCAGUACGGAGGAAUAACCAGAGGCAGACUCUGCCCAUCCUACCUGGGUACCAGCCUUCUGCCCCAGUACGGAGGAAUAACCAGAGGCAGACUCUGCCCAUCCUACCUGGGUACCAGCCUUCUGCCCCAGUACGGAGGAAUAACCAGAGGCAGACUGUGCCCAUCCUACCCGGGUACCAGCCUUCUGCCCCAGUACGGAGGAAUAACCAGAGGCAGACUCUGCCCAUCCUACCUGGGUACCAGCCUUCUGCCCCAGUACAGAGGAACAUGGGAUGACUGAGGGGCAGACUGUGCCCAUUGUGCCCAGGUACGAGCGCCAAGUUACCAUUCAGACCGUAGGAAGGAGCAGUGCAUCUCGGUGCAAGGUCACAAGAUGGCGGCCCCCAGAAACCCACACCUGUGACCAUUGCGCCUCCCACUGACCUGCAGAGACGAUGUGGCAAACCAAUCAGAGCAUAGUACAGAAUGGCACCGAGAUCCACUCGGCCAGCCUGGGCCUGGCACUCGGAACCAUAUCGGCACUGACAGUCGUUCUGAACAUCUUGGUUCUGUACGCGGUGAGAACGGAGCGCAAGCUCCACACGGUGGGGAACCUGUACAUCGUCAGUCUGUCCAUUGCUGAUCUGAUUGUUGGCGCCGCAGUGAUGCCCCUAAACAUUGUGUAUCUGCUCAACCGCGAGUGGAUUCUGGGGAGGCCCGCCUGUCUCUUCUGGCUCUCCAUGGACUACGUUGCCAGCACGGCCUCCAUCUUCAGCCUCUUCAUCCUGUGCAUCGACCGCUACCGCUCCAUUCAGCAGCCCCUGCGCUAUCUCAAGUACAGGACCAAGACCAGGGCUUCCCUGAUGAUCUCCGGGGCGUGGCUCCUGUCCUUCACAUGGGUUGUGCCAAUCCUGGGCUGGCACGUGUUCGCCAAUGGCGGCAUCAGGUCGGUGCCGGAAUCUACCUGUGAGACGGAAUUCCACAAAGUGACUUGGUUUAAGGUCCUCACCGCCACCUUGAACUUCUACAUCCCCUCGUUGCUCAUGUUGUGGUUCUACGCCAAGAUCUACAAGGCAGUCAGGGAGCACUACCAGCACCGGGAGGUGGUCAAUGGCUCCUUCCAGUUGUUCUACGACAGCAAAUUGGUGCAGAGCGUUAGGGUGCUCAAGGGCCAACAGAGCUGCACCAAGACCCAAUGUAAAGAUGGGAAUCUUACUGUCCCGGAGAUGAACUUUCCGGCACAAUAUACCCCCAUAUCCAAAGAGUUCAGGCAGUCGAGAAGCACCCAGGAGAAAGACCCGGUGGAGGAUUAUGGGAAACAGAAGGGGUUUAGCCACUGUGAUAAUAAUGUCUUUAAGUUGCAUUGCUUUCCACUGGCGAUCAUCCAAGGGAGCCCCCAGGAGUGCAGGAACUAUGUGACGGUUACCAGGGGGGCAUUAGAGGAACAUAACUGCCUCAGACCCCGGCAAAGGGAGGAGAUCUCAGAGGAACAUACGUUUGCCGAGGCCGCAUCUUGUAUGGUGGAUCUGAGUCAGGUGGGGAAAUCCAACAUGGAGGCACCAGGUCGGACCGAGGCCAGGCUUUCGGGUAACUUUAGGUACCUUAAACAUACCUGGGAGAGAUUCCGCACCCAUUCCAAGCAGCACAUCCAGGGGCUCCACAUGAACCGGGAGAGGAAGGCCGCGAAGCAGCUGGGAUUCAUCAUGGCCGCCUUCAUGCUCUGCUGGAUUCCGUAUUUUGUUCUCUUCAUGGUCAUAGCCUUCUGCCACAACUGCUGUAACCAUAACUUUCACAUGUUCACCAUUUGGCUCGGAUACAUUAACUCAACCCUGAACCCCCUCAUCUACCCCUUGUGCAACGAGAACUUUAAAAAGACUUUUAAGAAGAUAUUUCAUGUGGAGCUGAACUGCGGGGAGUGCAAAAAGGAGAAUCGUGCAUCUUGUCCUUAUGCCUGAACUGGCACAUCUACUGUAACUGGGACCAGUGCCCUCAGCCCCAUACAAAAAGGGGCUUCACAGUAGGGCAAGAUGGAGACAGUAGGGCAAGAUGGAGACAGUAUGGCAAGAUGGAAACAGUAGGGCAAGAU